UAAAGAUAAAUUUUAAACGUUGCGUGAACGUUUGUGUGAAUGAAGGUUUAAAAAUAAAAAAAAUAAACAGUAUAAACUAGACGUACAAAUAUGUCUUCCGUGGUUUUUAAAGAAGAAGCAAAUACUUCAUACAUUAAGAGGCUAUGUCUUCCUCUGGUUUUUUCGUUUCUGUUCAUCUGUUUACUAUCUUUCGUUGGUUAUAUGUACAUGAGUUCAGAGAAGAAAUUGGAAGAGGGGCUUGAAACAUUGCAGACCAAAGAAGAUCACUUAAAUGAAUUGUUAUCACAAGUAUCGGAUUCCGAUCCAACCGAUCAGAAAAAAUUCCGCCUUUACGCCGAGCUGUUGUCGAACUACACGAAAAUAUUUCAACAGUUCAAAAAAGAAACAAGGAACCAAACUGUUGUUGCAAAGACUCUUGGGAAGAAGCCAUUUGCAGCUGUCCAGAUGGUCGGUAGAAAUUACCAAAAGCAGCAAUCACAGGAAGAUACUGCUAUCUAUAAUUGGAAGACGACGUUACAAACUGGUAAUAUAUCAAGUUUUCAAGAUUCUUACAUUAUCAUAAAAACUCCUGGUUACUACUAUGUCUACGCACAGAUGUUCUUUUCCGGAAAUAAGCACUUCCGCAAAGACGUUCUGCAUUUUUAUGUCAGAAAAAAUCGUCAGUCGAGAAUAAUAGUUGCAACCGUCCCUCGCAGUGCAUGUCAAACGUACUGUACCAAAUACAUUGCGCGUAUCGUCAAACUGACGAAAGAUGAUGACCUUUCAAUAGCUACUGCAGAUAGCGGCAUCAAUUUUAGCAUGUCUCCCGAUAAAGCUCAAUUCGGAGCAUACUUAUUGAUGAAAGGGUAAAAUGUUCAUCGAAACAAUAAUUUCAUGCAGCAGGCUAGCUCGGUCUUGUUUUCUAAACGAUACCAAAUUUAUACAAUCACCCCACCAAUAGAUAUUAAACAGCUGUUAAAGCUAUUAAACCAUUGCUGAAGAAUUAGCCUGCGCGCUGAAUAUUAAACGAUAGAUUAGAUAGUAUAAAUAAAAUAACUACCACAUAAUUUUGCGCAUGAUUUUGUCUAAACUGUUAAAGUGGGCGGGAUGCAAAAGAAGCAAUCGUUUAUAUCAAAAUCAGUGUUUUCACGUACAAGUAGAGGGAAGUAGUAGUAGCUAUUAGAUAACAAUAAGGUAGAAUGAAAUAUUUUAGACACACAAGUUUUAGCAUGUAUUUGUGGUACGAGAAAAUGUUUGUAACAAGACAACAAUUUUUAAAAAAAAGAUUUUUAUUGUACUU